GUAGCUGAGAUCUGUGAUACGGACGGUAGCUGAAGCAGACAAAACCCUGAGAUGUACACAUGCUUAGUUUCUAUAAUAAACUCCAUCUUAUACUAACUUUCAGAUCCCAAUUAAGCCAAUAAUUCAUUCUUAUUGGAGUAUAGUUCUUUAAGGUUUUGGCCGUUGCCAAUUUUCUUGGAAUUGGAGUUCUUCAAACAUAGCAGCCAGCCAUGGAUGUUAACGGGUGGUGGGGAACCCAUGGAAACGACAUUCGAAGGACUUUGUUCCUUCUCUUCCUCGGCCAGGUGAUUUCGUUUGUGAUGUCACUCAUGAGCUUCACUUCUUCUCUGUUAGCUAGUCUUGGAGUGGAUACUCCACUUACUUUGUCAUUCUUCGUUUACUUGGCGUUGUCUCUGGUAUACGGAAGCAUCUUUAUUUACCGGCGGCAGAAACUGCAGGUUCGUUGGUAUUGGUAUCUUCUCAUAGGAUUUGCUGAUGUCCAAGGCAAUUUUCUAGUUAACCAAGCGUUCCAAUAUUCAUCGAUUACAAGUGUUACAAUUCUGGAUUGUUGGACAAUCGCUUGGGUGAUAUUGCUGACAUGGUAUUUCCUGGGAACACGAUAUUCCCUGUGGCAAUUCUUUGGUGCUGCUGUCUGUGUGGCAGGGCUUGGACUAGUUCUCCUCUCUGACGCUGGGGUAGGCGGUGGAGGUGGAUCAAGACCUCUUCUAGGGGAUACGUUUGUAAUCAUGGGAACGCUUUUCUUUGCAUUGAGCAAUGUUGGUGAGGAAAUUUGUGUGAAGAAGAAAGACCGUGUUGAAGUAAUCACAAUGAUGGCUAUCUCCGGGUUGCUUGUGAGCAUUUGCGAGAUAGCUAUCUUGGAAACUAAGGGUAUUGCAUCAGUGAAAUGGUCUCCUGAAAUCGUAAGAGAACCUGAAUCUGCUGUUUUAACUAACGUAACUGCUGUCUUUUCCCAUCUAAUUAACAGCCCCUUUUUUUCCCAGAUUCUGGCAUUUGCGGGUUUUGCUUUUGCAGGCUUUCUGUUCUACACAUUUGUUCCUUUUCUUCUAAAGAUGAGCGGAGCCACGCUGUUCAAUCUCUCGCUUCUAACGUCUGAUAUGUGGGCAGUUGUCAUUCGAAUUUUCUUCUACAAACAAGAGGUGGAUUGGUUAUACUAUGUAGCGUUCGGACUAGUUGGUAUCGGGCUUGUUGUGUACUCGAAAACCGAGAAGGCAUUAGAUUCUGCACCAGCAAUUGGGGAUGGUUCACAGUACCAAAUUCUUGAUGAGGAGUGCAGAGAUGCAAGAAACGAUGAUGUGGGUGAUCGAUCUUGAUGAUGAUCAUAUCAUAGGGAAUUUAUGAUUUCAUCGUGGGCUGAAGCUAAGAAGAGCCCUUGUUAAAUGUUAGAAUAACAAAAUUUUAAGAAGAGUAAAUGUGACAAGCUGAUGAAAGUCAAUAGUGUAAUAUGACAAUUAAAAGAGCAGAACUAGAUGUAAUAAUGUUACAAUAAUUAAUUACUAUAAAUAAAUGUGAUCAGUGGUCGCCUUCCGCGUUUGGUCGCUUUCCACGGAGAAGGAGAACAGUUUGCCUUCUCCAUGGAAGGCGACCCUCAAUGGGAGAAAGCGACUAAUUGAUCGCUUUCUCUGGUAGACGGCGACCAGCGACCGUUUGACUGUCGUCGAAUUUUUUCCAAAGAUGAUGUCGGAACUGAAAUUACCUGUAAUAGUAGGUCAUUUAUCAGUUCUUAGACUUCAUUGCUUCAAUAUAACAUGUUAAAGGGUGUAAUUGUACUUUUUAAAAAUUUAAGGACUUAAUUGAGUUUUCAA